AUGCCGAAGUCAAAACGUCAGCGCGUGACGACGCUCUCGAAGACGCCGAUCCGGACGACGAAGGCGUCGAAGGCAGCGCUCGUGAACGAGAUCCAAAAGGCGAUCGACGAGUACGACCACGUCUUCCUGUUCUCGGUCGGCGACAUGCGGAACGAGGGCCUGAAGGAGGUCCGGCAGCAGUGGCGCGGCACUGGACGUAUGUUCUUCGGCAAGACGCGCGUCAUGGCCAAGGCGCUCGGCAUCAACGACGAGACGGAGUACGAGGAGGGGCUGGGCCAGCUCGGCCGCCGGCUCAAGGGCCCCGUCGGACUGUUCCUCACGUCGCACCCCGUCGAGGACACGAAGGAGUGGUUCGACACCUGGGUCAAGAAGGAGUAUGCCCGCCAGGGCAACCCUGCCACUGAGACCAUCACGCUCCCCAAGGGCCCCCUCCUUACGCCGUACUCGGCGGACGGGAGCGGCGACCCCCUCCCCCACUCAAUGGACCCGCAGCUUCGCCAGCUCGGCCUCGACACGCUCCUCGUCAAGGGCGUUCCGUCCCUGCGCGAGGAGACUGUGCUCUGCAAGGAGGGCGAGAAGCUCAGCUCCGAGAAGUGCCGUAUCCUGAAGCUGCUUGCUAUCCAGAUGGCCGAGUUCAAGAUCCACCUCGGAUCACACUGGAGCAAGGGCACCGGCUUUGUCGAGGGCAAGGAGCUCGACGCAGAGGGCGAGGGAAUGGACGAGGACGACGACUAG